GGAAGGGAGCUGCCAGUGAGUGUCGAGCCGGCUCCGCUUUGCUCCCACUGCCCGGGGGGGGAGGCUAAUCCUGGAUCAAAGGUUCUUGUGAGAGAUCAUGAGCUAUUGCUAGACAAUCAACUCUGCUGAUUUUCAGUUGAAAACUGGAGUUCGAGACAUCAGGAGCCAUGACGGAUUGGUUGCUCAUUGGACUGUUCGUGGCACUGGUUAUACUUCUGCUGUUGACAAUCUUUGGCUUUGCAGUUUAUUCGGGUAUCUUCUCAGAAGUGGUGGUUAGUGCUGGUUUGCCUCCCAUUGGCAACAUCACUGUGGCAUACAAAUUCCAGGUGGGACCUUAUGGCGACUGUGGGAGGCUGUUUACGGAGAGCUGCAGCAUCUCUCCAAAGUUGUGCUCCAUUGCUGUCUACUAUGAUAAUCCUCAUACGGUGGACCCAGAGAAAUGCCGAUACCUGGUGGGUAGUAUCAUAAGUGAGGGAGAAGCGAAGCCAUCUGAGAAAGUGGUCCGCAUGUUCCAGAAAUAUGGUUUCAAGAUCUUCCAUUUCCCAGCCCCUAGUCAUGUAGUCAUGGCAACUUUCCCAUACAAGACUCCACUAUCCAUCCAUUUGGCAGUGAACCGCGUCCAUCCGAGCCUUGAUACUUACAUCAAGGAGCGGAAACUGUGUGCUCAUCCCAGAAUGGAGAUCUAUAAAGGUGACCAAAUCUAUUUUGUAUGCCCCCUUGCGCGUCAAGGGGAUUUCUAUGUUCCUGAAAUGAAAGAAUUGGAGAAGAAAAGCAGAGCAGCAGUGGCAGAGACUGAAGAUGCUCAGACAGAUAUCACAGGGGCUGAAACUUUGAGUGACACCAGCUCUAUCAGCCUGGAGAUCACAACCGACAGCAGAGAGACUUCAGUGGCUACCUCCAUCUUGUCCCCCUUCUCACCUGGUCGUGGCCGAGACGAGGUAGACAAUCGCAGUGAGCACAGCUACAGUGAAUCGGGAGCCAGUGGCUCCUCCUUUGAAGAACUGGACUUGGAAGCCAAUGGUGAAGGUGAUGGAAUGGCAGGUCUGCCCUCUAACCACGGUUCUGCUGAGGACCAGGGCACCUCCAAGGCCAAGUGGACCAAGGAGCCAAUUGCCCUGGAGAAAGAAAAGGGUGAAGAAUAAGACCGUCCCUUUCCUCAAGUUUCUUAGGGAUUCAGAAGAGAAACUGAUAAUCUCUCUUGCUUCUUUUCUAUCCAGCCAAAAGAUUUCAGUCAUUAAUCCAUGUUGAGACCUGUCCCACUCUUUGUCUGCAGACAAGCGUUCGGGGUGUGAUAAAUAAGGAGCAAUUACAACCAAGGCGAAUUGUAACAAGGUGACACCCACCUGUAGCCAAGGAUGCUUACUUUAACAGGAAGCUUGGUAUGGCAUGAAGUGAAGUGGUGGUAGAGAGCUUGUGAGGUGAACAUUGUGUUGUCUCUCUGUCUGUCUGUCUGUCUGUCUCUCUCUCUCUCUCUGUCUGAGAAAGAGAGAGAGAUUGACAUUGCAGGGAGGAUUUGAUGUGGGCUACUGGAUGAGUGGCUUUUGUAAUGGAUUAUCCAGACAGUCCGUUUGUCAUCCACUUCCUGCAUUAGUUUGUUUCUCUGCAACUUGCACACUUUUAUUGGGAACAUGUUUUUACUGUAACCAGAGAGCAAUGAUGGAUUUGGAAACUGAAAAAAAAAUGCUCAGCUGACAUCUGAGCUUUCCUAAUCAGUAAUACAAUUAACAGGCUGCCUUCAAAUGGUAAAGGUUUUUGAGCACGGUUACUGUGGUCCCAACUUCUCAUAAGCUGUUUCAACUCUUCCUUUCCCACUCUUCCUCAUUUUGAUGUACCACCCACUUUCACUGUCUCUCUGUCAGACUGCCUGACCAUGGAAUGAAUUUAAGUUCCUCCUAGUUAGAACUGUUGCAUCUGUUAGCAUCUGAUGGUGCACUCCAGGGGACUGAACUUGUGGAGAAGUUCUUUAUCAAGCCUUACUUGGAAAAGAGUCCAUGUGAGAAGCAGCCAUCAGUGUUGACAUUAAAGGUGCCCUCUUCCUGUAGCAAAGGGCCUAUGGAGGUGACUCAACAAAAGGGAGCAACAGAACAGCUAAAGUGAUGCAACCACAUCGUUCUAGUGCUGGUCUUCAGAGGAUUUGGUGCAGUGGUAGUUCACUUACAAAUUCAUGUAUUCAGUGCUGUGAUAUAGCAGGUUUGCAGUGGUAUCUCAUAGUGGAUUUUAUGUUGUGUGCCAGUGCUAGAAGUUACUGGAUGUUGUGAUUUGUAGCUAGAGACUAACCCAAUGGUGCCUCACUUAAAAAAAAAAUUAUACUGUGGUUUCUUUUAUUCAUUUCUUGAUGCUCAUCAGGGACAAAUGUUACAAGCAAGUAAGUUAUAUAUUCUGCCCUUAAGUCAGAAAAGAAUUCCUUCAGCUAGCUUUGAUUCUAAUGGGAUGGAGAGGGUCUUCUCUUUGAAUUAUGAGAAAUACUAUUUGAUUGCUCAGUUAGGACCAUCCUGCCUCUACUGAUAAUUUCUUUUUGGAGCUGUGGACCAAACUUCUCACUGACACAACUCUGGUGAAAUUCUUGGAUGGAGAAGUCAUUUGAAAGGAACCAUAUCAAACCUUUGGGAUCCUUAGAGUUCUGUUAUUGAGGAAGUCACUAAGGCAGCAGUAGGAAGAAAAUGUUGAUACAUGCAUUUUGGGAGCGAGGAAUUGGAAAGUUAUGAUCUUCCCCACUGCAUUCUUGUUUGUUUUGCUUGCAUCCUCCUGGAGACACCUUGGAUCAAUUGCUCACUCUGUUUCUUAAUGGACUAGGAUCCAUACUGUGGACAAAGAAGUUCGACAUUCAGCCACCUUCAGGCCUGCCUUCUUUCCAAGCAUUGACUUAGCCUGGAGGAAAAUCAAUGGGAUGCAAUGUUAGACACUUCCCCCUUGGGCUGCCUGGCCCACAAGGCUGCACUGAUCCUUCCCCCAAACUAUCACCAUUGAUUCCUUACUUUCCUUUUUGAGCGCUUGCUGUUACAGUCUAUAAAGACAUUUCUUUUUUAGUUCACUGUUUCCCCAUGUUAAAAUCUAUAUUCAUGUUUCCCCCAAUUCUGAUUUACUUUGACGUUCAAAUCAGAAACUUCACUUUAGCUGCAAUGCCCCUGAAAUGAAUAGGACUGAUGGAAGCAGGCAUGUACUCAAUAUAUGGGGAACUAGAUAUGUUCCAUCUCCUUUGUGCUUGGAUUCUGUUAGUGAAUUCCCACAUGUUAUUGAGUAGGCUUUCUGAUUCCAUUAUUACUACUUCUGCUGGCAUUGUAUACCUGAUGUUCUGUGAAUUACUUAAGUGAACAUCUUUUCAGCUGCCCCAUGUUAGCACUCAUUGGCUUUCUGUGUGCACAUUGUAUACCACCACUAAGUAAAUCUUCCAGACAGACAGCACAGGACUAGAAAGUGUCCACAAAGGCUUCACAUGCUUUCAGAACUUCUGUAAGUGGGUUCAUAAUGCAUCUUUGUAUGUAUAAAUGUGCACAUAUGUGCAUACGUCAGUGUGUUCCCUAGGACAUGUGUGACUGUCUGUGCCUGUUCAUUGCAGACAUAUACAUGUCUGCCUGUAUACAUACAGAAACACAUUCCAGCUUUCUGAGUAGUAGGGUGCUAUUAGUGUGCGGGGAAUGGAAGGCAAGCACAGCAGGAGGCAUUUAGAUAGAGAUGCGUUGUGCCUUUUCCCAGAUUUCGUUGACAGAUUAAAAAAAUGCUAUUAUUUCUCUGCUAUGCUGCAGGAAGAGUGAAGCAGGGAGGUAUUUUUUCUGCAUCGUUUCUGCUGCUUAUGUGUGAAAUCUGCUAUUAUAGAAGGCAGAACAGUAUGUGGACACUCUGCCCAUUCAUGUGUGUGUGAAUUCAUAGUCAAUGACAAGACUGUAUCGUGUAUCAUUUCUUGCUUAUGUGCGUAAAGCGUAUGUGUGUGUGUAGGCUCCAUUGCAAGUAUAUAAGCCAUGUUCUAUGUGCUUAUGUACAUUCAACUUCCCUUCACAUGUACUCAAAUGUACAUGAACAUGGUAUGUUUUUAUUAAUGGUACUUUGUACUGAUAUAUACAAGAGAGACUGGGCAGACGUGUACAGCCUUCCACAGGAAUAUAGUCAGUUCAUGAUUUAUGUGAGGGAUGGGUCCCACAUCAAAAUCUUGUGCAUAAGGAAAAUAAAUAUAGAAGAGAGAGAAAUUUCACUGAACACAGAAUGCUUCCACAUCUAAAAUAAGGCUAGGAUAGGUGAUUUGAUGAUUCUCACAGGCAUGCAGGCUUUCCCUAUGCAGGGAGAUUUUGGCAAGGCAUACGUUCAGUUGUGCUCGGUUUAUGUGGAGAAGCAUAUCCAGUGCCGGCCUGAAUUCUCAGCUGGCUCCAAAUUGUGUAAGAUGAGAUCCUCUGAACUGUAUUCUUGUGCUGAUAAGAGAGUUUAGCCUUUUCUUAUCCGUACAAGCACAGAUAAAUGUAGGUUUUUCCUUUUUCAAUCUUCUUCCCCCCUCCCUCCCCCAAGAGUCAGCCUGUAGUGUAACUAGAAGUAGAUAAGGAGGAUGCAUAAAACUGUUUUGGAGACUGAAGAGAUAUGGAGUAGUAUGUAAACCUUGAAUGUCAUGGGGAGCCCUGUGUUAGGAUGAGCAACUGGUGUAAAGAGUUACCAUGAACUUGGGAAGCAACCCUCAUUAGAUAUUUACAAUGAUAACAAUUAUAAGCCACUUACUCUGGAGAACCCUACUGAUUCAAUAAGACUUUUGCAAAUAUAAGUGAUUGGUAUAUUAGUAAGUAAAAUACUGACAUUUCCCUAUCAGUUGUGGCUUCAAUAUUCUGAUUAAAUGUUCAGGUUUCUGAAUGGAGGAGAUUGGAGGGUUCCCAUGAAGUGGACAGAGAGGAGGAGAAUCACCCUAAUUAAAGGUUCCUGUUAUGCUUCCUUUGUAUGAAAAUCAUCCCAAAAAUGGCUGGCUGGCUUUGUGCAAAGAGUUGUUUAGGUAGAUACACGAAGCUUCUGCAGAAGUAAGCCCCUGACCCAAUGUUUCUUUCCUCUGAAAUGGCCACCUGUCUGUCACAAGAUAGGUCUAAAGACCAACAAGUUUUUAUUCCAGCAUUAGCUUUCGUGGACUAGAGCUCGCUUAGAAAUUUCUAGUCCACAAAAGCUUAUAGUAUAAUAAAGUCUUAAUCUUUAAGGUGCCACAAGAUAGCUUUUCUUGAAACAAACUAAAAUGGCUACCCCUCUGGAAUUAUCAUCAUUCACAGAAGUCUCUUAGCUGUCGCCUUUAUGAGUCACCCAUCCUUUUGCUAACAAAUAGUUUAGGAUACUGUCCUCAAAUCAGAACAGAUUUGAAUGGAGAUAGAGAACUCUUGGUGUUAUAUGAUAACAUCCUCUACUCCAGUCAGUAGAGGGGGAUCUUCACUAUGUUGUGUACAUGAGAGACCUUGCCCAGUAGCAUUUGUUGAUUGCCUCAGGCAUUCUUUCACAUUUCACCUCUUUCCAAAAAACCGAGUUGCCAGAGGCAUAACUGGAGUCUGCUCUUAUUAGGCAGCUGUCUGGCAGACUUUUCCAAUGCUCUGCUUGUUCUGUGACUGGCUUGGCGUCUCAUUUUUUGCACUUGCUAUGACUGAGAAGGGAUUUGGGUGAUAAACGAAAUUGCUGUCCAACUAUAGUAACACAUCAGAAUAUCCCAAGUACUACCAAUGUUUCACCUCUUCCAUUUUAGUCAGAGUUUUGCUGAAAAAGUCACUUACGAUUGCACUGUAGCCUACAACUGGAAUAGAAGAUAAUACUACACAAUUAACAAAUAUGGGCAGAUCUAUGCAGCUAAACAGAAUAGCAGGUCUUUAUUACAGUUGCCUUUAGAGACCUUGAAGAGCUGUAGCAGCUUUCCUGACACAUUCCUUUUUUGGGACUAAGUAUCCUUUGCUGUCAGCAUCUCACAUUCAUGAUUUGCAUCAUACUGUUGCUACUAAGAUUCUCACUCUAUUUUGAAAGACCUGCGGGACCUGCUCAGGAGCCCACUGAAGCUCACAAGAGUCUGGUGAUUUAUCUCAAUGAGGUUUAGUUGCUGGGUAAGAGCAAUGAGGGAGUCCACAAACCCAAACAAUUUUUAAAUGAUGCAAUAGGAUUUUUAGGCAGCACAAAAUGCAGCUUGUGGACUCAUACUGUUUGAAUAGUGCCCCUGAACCUAAAGGUCUUGUAACAAUGAAGAAUUUUGUUACUUAUAAAAGUGGUUCUGGGCAUUUACAUUUAAUGGUUUUUUGGGGCAGGGGGCUUUGCUUUCUUCUAAGCCUCCUUUCUUUCUCUACUAUCACUUUGUCAUGUAGAACCUUUAUGCUUUUCAGUCAUCCUCAGCAGUAAGAGCAAUGCAAAGUGCUUCCUCUCCAUCCCAUCCACCCCCCCCCUCAUGCAAUACAUCUAAAUGAUGGCUUGAUCCACUACUAAAAGUCUCUUGCUCCAACCAGCCUCAGUUGCCACCUCCGACUAGCACCACUUCAUAGGUACAUAAGUAAUUAAAUGCAGGCAUCUAAGGUUACAAAUCCAAAGUUUCGAUCUCUAGAUAGGCUAUAUGUUAGUGCUCCUUUCCCAUUCAUACAGUUUGCACAUGUUUUUUUGUAAGAAUCUGAAAAUGAAAUUUUCUUGGAUGGUCAAAUAGUGAAGUUUAGUUUUGUUUGCCAAUAUAUGAAGAAAAAUAAAAAUUUUAGCGGACUGUUUGGCAAAUCUUGAAUCUCAAUGGAUCUCAAAUUUGGUUGCACUUUACAAGAUUCUGUGUCUGUAACUCACUUGUAUUCCCAGCAUUUGGAUACUCAUGCUUUGUGGCACAAAGAUUAGAUCUGGAAUUACUCAGACUUCCUUUGGGUUAACCGAAAAACAUGUACUGAUUGUAAUUUUUUCUGGGAACUCUGUUAGUUUACCAUCAGCUAUAAAAUUUCUGUAACAAAGUUUUUCUGUGCAGAAGAGUUCAUAGCUAUGAAUCCAGUCAUUCACAUAAGAAAUAUCUUGCAGAACUAAUGGAAGUGAUGUGUGUAUUUUAUGUGAAUGUAUGCAGAAAAGAGUACAAUAUGUGGAACUGAAGGUUCCCCCCAUCUAGCAGAUUUUCAUUGCGUGAACAGCCUGCAUUGAAGAGCUGAAAGAAGUGACAAUUUAGUGCUUGUUAGUUGUUAAGAAGAUACUGGCAAAGCUGAUAGACGAGUUUGCUUUUUAGUUUGGUCCUGAAAUGAAUAACCUUGUUUUGUUAUGUAUUUAAUCACUAUUUUGAUAUAAUGUUUAAGACUUAAAGUGAUCUAUGUACAAGCCUGGUUUAGACAUAGAUGUUGGGAAUGGGGAAAAUUUUCCUUGUUGAAAUUAAAAAUGGCA